CCGCACGCCGCCGUGUUCCGGAUCGACUCGUUUUAAACCAGAACCAUGAAGCUCGCCCUCGCCCUCGCGCUCCUCCCCGGCGUUUCCGCGCAGCAGCAGCACAUGCUCGGCGCCGACGGCCACGGCAUCUGGAACCCGUCCCCGGCCUGCUGCUCCGUGUCCACGGCCGAGGACUGCGUGCGCACGCACCCCUGCCGCGCCGCCGGCGAGACCGACGUCGAGGCCGUCCACGAGGCCUUCAUGACCUUCAUGACCAAAUUCGAGAAGACGUACGAGACCGUCGAGGAAUGGGCCCACCGGCUCACGGUCUUCGCCCAGAACGCGAAGAUCGUCCUCGAGCACGACGCCAAGGCCGAGGGCUUCGCCCUGGGCCUCGACAACCAGUUCGCGGACUGGACGGCCGAGGAGUUCGCGUCGUACCAGAAGCUCCACAGCCGCCCGAAGCCGUCGCAGGCCGGCGCGACGCACGAGGUCUCCGACAAGGCCGCGCCGACGGCCGUCGACUGGCGCACGGAGGGCGUCGUCGCCGACAUCAAGAACCAGGGCUCCUGCGGCUCCUGCUGGACGUUCUCCACCGUGGUGUCCAUCGAGGGCGCGGCGGCCCGGAAGACGGGCAAGCUCGUGACGCUUUCCGAGCAGAACCUCGUGGACUGCGUGAAGAAGGACCAGAUCGACGGCGGCGACGAGUGCUGCAUGGGCUGCUCCGGCGGGCUCAUGGACAACGCGUUCGACUACAUCAUCAAGAACCAGGACGGCGGCAUCGACACGGAGGCCUCCUACGGCUACACGGGCAAGGACGGCACCUGCGCCUUCGACAAGGCCAACGUCGGCGCGACGAUCUCGAACUGGACCGACGUCGCCGUCGGCGACGAGGUCGCGCUCGCGGACGCGCUCGCGAACGCGGGGCCCGUGUCCAUCGCGCUCGACGCUUCCAAGCAGUGGCAGCUCUAUUCCGGGGGCAUCCUCAAGCCCCGGUCCAUCCUCGGCUGCUCCUCGGACCCGACCCACGCGGACCACGGCGUCGCCAUCGUCGGCUACGGCACGGACGACGGCGUCGACUACUGGUGGAUCCGCAACUCGUGGGGCACGACCUGGGGCGAGUCCGGCUACAUGCGCCUCGAGCGCGGCGUCAACGCCUGCGGCGUCGCCAACUUCGCCUCCUACCCCAUCGCCGCCUAGGGCGCCGGCCGCUGGACAUACACGCCGCCCGCGACCCCGCGGCGCCUAGUCGAACCCCGCCCGCCGCCGCACCACGACGCCGCGGCGUUCCCCCCUUUGCCCCGCCCUUUUUGCGUGCACAUGCCUGUAAAUAGCACUACGACUCC